ACAUGCGGGGCGAGGACCUGGAGGCGCUGCUGGAUUACAUGUACGCUGGGGAGGUGGAGGUGAAGCACAGCAGCCUUGCGUCUCUCAUCAAGGCUGCUGAGUGCCUGUGCAUCAAAGGGCUUGCUGUUCCUGAUGGAGAUCAAGCUGAAAAUUCCCCUCUGAAAAGCCCUGUGAUCAACACAAAUAACUGUCAAGAUAAUCCAACAUCCAAACGACGUAAGCUUGACCGCUCUUCCGAGUCUAGAUUUUCCGAAGAAUGCAAGCGCAGUCGAGGUUCUCCUGUGAGCGGAUCAAAUCUGCAGCAUUUUGAGCAAACCUGCACUAAAGUCGCCAUGAGAGCAGAACAGAGUACGGCAAAGGAUAGAACCAGCAUGGAAAAUUCCUUGGAGAAUAGACGAAGAAACAACAGUGAAGGAAAUACCUCCAUAAAGACUGAAAGGGAAUCUAGAGAAACCUAUUCACAGAAGAAGGCCACGAAAGAAAAUGAUAUUAGCACAAAAAAUAUGUUUAUAAAUGAUGAUAUUCUGGAGCAUGAAGUAAAGCUUGAGGUGGAGGAAGAGGGAGAAGAAAUGUUACUGGAGAAAACAGAAGAAGAUGUGUUCGACGAAGCUGUGGACUCGUCAUCAUCCGUCGUUAAUGAGCCUUGGCGGAGCAACCAAGAUGGCGGCAGCAACAUUCAAGAUGGCGUUGAUGGAACCAUUCAAAAUCAUGGCAGUCGAAUUGUCACUGAUGGAGACAGCUCUGUCCAAUAUAGCGAAGCUAUGUCGGGAGCUGGUAAAAAUAUGCCUGCCAUCGAAGAUGAUCUCGACCGGUCGAACCACGAUAUCAGCUCGGAAACUUCAGACUAUGAAAACUCAAACGCCCGCCAUGACGAUCGUGAUGGACGUCAAGAUGGCGGUCGCGAUGGACGUCAAGAUGGUGUCGGCAGUUGCGCGCUGCUGAAGAGCGACGAGGAUUUUGACGAGCAUCGUUUCACUGACGCAGAACUGGAAACUCAUGAUGACGUCGGAGACGAAGAAGGAAAUACCCAAAGAGAAGCGGAUUAUCACGAAGACUUGAACGAUGACGACGUAAGCAUCCUGCGUGACGACCGGACGAUGGUGUCCGAUGGCCUGGAGACUCUGAGGUCCAUGGGAAUCUCCAUCCAAAACAGCGGCCCAAGUGUGGGAUUUUUGCCCCAAAAUUUGGUUUCUUCGACACCUAUUUCUCGGGUUGAUUUCGCCGUAAGGUCACAUUUACCCAACCCCACCAAACUGGGGUUGGGUAAAGACAGAAAUACAAUACUAAACCGAUCACAAUCCCAGUUGAUUGGCCAGCUUAACCCUGUUAACAGAGGCAAAGGUCGAAACUCAAACAUCCUCCUAGACCACGGACAGGACAGGGCCCCGACCGCCCAUUUCCUCAACCACGAAAUGGGCAGAACUGCAAUCCAUGGCAAUCCAAUUCCAUCACAUUUCCUGAAUGAUUCAUCCUCUCUCACAGCCAACCCAGGGUUACAUCCUGGAUUGUCUACCACACAAUCCGUUACCCUCGAUGACCUCAGAAGUUCUUUGUCUGGAUUCGAUCCGCAUUCCUCCAGCCGGAAAGAAGCGGACGAACCUCUUCACUGUCCGUUUUGCGGGAAGCUCUGUAAAAGGCGUGACCAUUUACGGCUGCACAUCCGCAUCCACACGGGCGAGAAGCCCUUCAAGUGUCCGUAUUGUGACCGCCGCACCAACCAGAAGAACAACUUGAAGCUCCACAUCCGCAACGUCCACCCCGGCCUCCCUGUCAUGGUCAGCGGCAGCUGGUGAACCGCAACUGCAACCUGGUGAAGGCUUUUAUUAUUUUACCAAAGGCUAUCGGAAAUUCCAAUCGCGUGUAUUGAUUAGUUAUAUCCAAGGAAAAAUUACAAUAUUUUCGCGUAUUGAUUGGUUAUAUCCAAGGAAAUAUUACAAUUUUUGCAUGUAUUGAUUAGUUAUAUCCAAGGAAAUAUUACAAUUUUUGUG